CUCUCUCUCUCUCUCAGUCAGCCAGGUGUUGCAUUCAAGCGCGAGCCCCUCGUGUGUGUGGAUGGAGAGGCUCGAGGAGGAGGACUGACACUCUCGAGCCGUUUGAGCAACAACAAGUUGAUGAGUGAGACUCUCUCGUGGAUCUGGACCAAACGGAUACUAUCAAGGCUUUUUGUGGGGGGUGGGGUCUUCUCUGACCUUAUGGGAUAUAUCCUUUAAUGGCACGUUUUACGAGGGUCCGGAAUAAAGUCUGCAUUCUUUUCUUUGAUCCGCAAGAAUGACAAAGUAACCGGAACCAGCUGUGCCAGCGCAACAUUUGGGGAUUUUGAAGACCCUCUUUCUGACGUGUCUGACUCGGCUUCACACACAUCAUCAUCAUCUUUGUUUCCUCGCGGAUCCCGGGCUCUCCGUGACGCCGCGGCACCCUGAUGGUGCGGACGGUCGGCGCACGGUUGAUUUUUGAGCCUCCAGCACGGAGACGCGGUGCGCGGUGGUGGUGAUGAUGAUGGCGCUGAUGGUAAGUGGAUAACGUGGGACAUGCUUUUCUAAAAACCGUGUCGGAUUUAUGUGCUGUUUCCUCCUGUGUGGAAUAACAAUGACCUCCAACCGCGCUUUACCCCGCGCCGCGCUCGCCGCAGCAGCAGCCCGGUUCGAUGCGCAACCACUGGACGUCGUCUCCCCAAAACCGCUGAGCUAACUCACACACCGCGGAGGAGAAGGAGGGGGUGACAUCAACCGACACUAACCGAUAAGACAAUAACAGCAACAACAAGAUACACAGCAGUGAUGGAGCUGUCCGAGGUCCGCUGCUCCAGCGCGAGUGAGGAGCUGUACACCAUCAACAAGACGCCGAGCGGCAGCAACAACAGCAACAGCAGCGGCAGCAGCGGCAGUGCGCGACCCAAACGGCUGCUGUGGCAGAACGCGGUGCGGCACAUCACCGAGCAGAGGUUCAUCCACGAGCAGGGCGGAGGAGGAGGAGAGAGGGGAGGAGGAGGAGGAGGCGGGGUGAAGGGCAUCGGGCCGGACGAGCCCUACGACCCGAGCGAGGGCGCGCGGAAGCACUCGGCGGGGCGGACCGGGUCGGUGGGGGACCGGCACAACAACGGCGGGACCAAGGUGUUCCCGGAGCGCGCCAGCAGCGACCUGGGCUUCCUGCAGAUCGACUGCGCGCCCAGCAACUCGGACUUCUUCCUGAACUGGGGCUACACGUACCGGGGCGUCAUCUUCCCCACGCUGCGCAACGCCUUCAAGUCCCGCGACCUGGAGCGCCUGUACCAGCGCUACUUCCUGGGCCAGCGGCGCAAGUCGGUGGUGGUGAUGAACAUCCUGGACGUGGUCACCAAGCUCACCCUGCUGGUGCUGCACCUCACCCUCGCGUCCUCCCCCAUGGACCCCAUCAAGGGGACUCUCCUGGGCUUCUUCACGGGCAUCGAGGUGGUCAUUUGUGCCUUAGUGGUGGUGCGGAAGGACACCACGUCGCACAGCUACCUGCAGUACAGCGGCGUGGUCACCUGGGUGGCCAUGGCCACGCAGAUCCUGGCAGCCGGGCUGGGCUACGGGCUGCUGGGGGACGGCGUGGGGUACGUGCUGUUCACGCUGUUCGCCACCUACAGCAUGCUGCCCCUGCCGCUCACGUGGGCCAUACUGGCGGGGCUGCUCACCUCGGGGCUCCACAUCCUGGUCCAGAUGCUCAUGUCCCAGAAUGCACAGCUGUCCACCAACCAGGUCGCUGCUCAGGCUGUUCUGUUCAUGUGUAUGAACACUGCCGGGAUAUUCAUCAGUUACCUGUCAGACCGGGCUCAGCGUCAGGCCUUCCUGGAGACGCGGCGCUGCAUCGAGGCUCGGCUGCGACUCGAGACGGAGAACCAGAGACAGGAGAGACUGGUGUUAUCAGUCCUUCCACGUUUUGUAGUUUUGGAAAUGAUCAACGACAUGACAAAUGUAGAGGACGAACACCUCCAGCACCAGUUUCACAGAAUCUACAUCCACCGCUACGAGAAUGUCAGCAUUCUUUUCGCAGAUGUUAAAGGCUUCACAAACCUCUCCACGACGCUGUCAGCGCAGGAGCUGGUGCGAAUGUUGAACGAACUCUUUGCACGCUUCGACCGCCUCGCACAUGAGAAUCACUGUCUGCGGAUAAAGAUCCUCGGAGACUGUUACUACUGCGUGUCCGGUCUACCUGAGCCCAGACAAGACCACGCCCACUGCUGUGUGGAGAUGGGCCUCAGCAUGAUCAAGACCAUCAGAUAUGUGAGAUCGCGAACGAAACACGACAUCGACAUGCGAAUCGGCAUCCACUCGGGCUCGGUGCUGUGCGGUGUGUUGGGACUCAGGAAGUGGCAGUUUGACGUUUGGUCCUGGGACGUGGACAUCGCCAACAAGCUGGAGUCUGGAGGGAUCCCCGGGAGGAUCCACAUCUCCAAAGCCGCUCUGGAUUGUUUAAACGACGACUACGAGGUGGAGGAGGGCCACGGGAAGGACCGCAACGACUUCCUCCGCCGGCACAACAUCGAGACGUACCUCAUCAAGCAGCCGGAGGAGAGCCUGCUCACGCUGCCCGAGGACAUCAUGAAGGAGUCGGCCAGCUCUGCCGACCGGCGGGCCAGCAGCACCACCUUCAACGAGGCGUCCUGGAGCCCCGAGCUCCCCUUCGACAACAUCGUGGGGAAACAGAACUACUCCCAGAUGAGAGACGAGGUGUUCAAGUCCAACUUGGUGUGCGCCUUCAUCGUGCUCAUCUUCAUCACAACCAUCCAGAGCCUGCUUCCAUCUGCCAGGAUGGUAACCAUGGUGAUCCAGUUUUCCAUCCUCAUCAUCCUCCACUCCUGUCUGGUCCUCGUCACGACGGCCGAAGACUACAAGUGUCUGCCUCUGGUUCUUCGCAAAGCGUGCUGCUGGAUCAACGAGACCUACGCGGCACGGAACGUCAUCAUCUUCGUUUCAAUCCUCAUCAACUUCCUGGCGGCCAUGAUCAAUAUACUGUGGUGCGAUUUCGACAAGUCCAGCACUUUCAAGAACCAGACGUACAACGCAUCGACCUCCAUCCCAGACAUCUGCUUCUACCCAGAGUACUUCGUGUUCACGGGGGUCCUAGCGAUGGUGACGUGUGCCGUGUUCCUGCGGCUGAACUCCGUGUUGAAGUUGGCAGUGCUGCUGUUGAUGAUCGCCAUCUACUCCCUGCUGACCGAAGCUUUCUACACCUCACUGUUUCUUCGCUACGACACCGUCCACCACAACACAGAAAACUUCCUGGGGACCAAAGAGACGUCUCUACUCCUGAUGGCCAUGUUCCUCCUCGCCGUGUUUUACCACGGCCAACAGCUGGAGUACACGGCCCGGCUGGACUUCCUGUGGCGCGUUCAGGCCAAAGAGGAGAUCAACGAGAUGAAGGAGCUUCGAGAACACAACGAGAACAUGCUGAGGAACAUCCUGCCCAGCCACGUGGCCCGACACUUCCUGGAGAAGGACCGGGACAACGAGGAGCUGUACUCGCAGUCCUACGACUCCGUGGGCGUCAUGUUCGCCUCCAUCCCGGGCUUUGCCGACUUCUACUCUCAGACGGAGAUGAACAACCAGGGAGUUGAGUGCCUCCGGCUCCUCAACGAAAUCAUCGCAGACUUUGACGAGCUGCUCGGGGAGGAACGUUUCGUGGACAUCGAGAAGAUCAAGACCAUCGGCAGCACCUACAUGGCCGUCUCCGGUCUGUCUCCGGAGAAACAGCAAUGUGAAGAUAAAUGGGGUCACCUGUGUGCGUUGGCCGACUUCGCCAUCGCUCUUAAGGAGAGCAUCCAGGAGAUCAACAAACACUCAUUCAACAACUUUGAGCUGAGGAUCGGAAUGGCCCACGGCUCGGUGGUGGCGGGCGUGAUCGGCGCGAAGAAGCCGCAGUACGACAUCUGGGGGAAGACGGUGAACCUGUCGAGCCGGAUGGACAGCACGGGGGUCAGCGGGAAGAUCCAGGUGCCCGAGGACACCUACCUGAUCCUGAAGGAGCGCGGCUUCGCCUUCGAGUACCGCGGCGAGAUCUACGUGAAGGGCAUCAGCGAGCAGGAGGGCAAGAUCCGGACGCACUUCCUGCUGGGCCGCGUGCAGCCCAACCCGCUCAUCAUGCAGCCGCGCAAGAUCACCGGCCAGUACUCGCUGGCCGCCGUGGUGCUCGGCCUGGUGCAGUCGCUCAACCGGCAGAAGCAGAAGCAGAUCCUCAACGAGAACAACAACUCGGGCAUCAUGAAGGGCCACCACCACUACAACCGCAGGACGUUGUUAGCGCCCGGCGGCUCCGAGGGGGAAGGGGGGCAUCACACCGAGGUGGCGGAUAAGACGGAGCUGUCGUGAAGAGCGGACUGGAGUUUCAGUUCCUUUGCAGAGUUCUCAAAGGCAGAGCUGCUCCUCAGGCUGAAAUGAUCCGAGCGGUGGAGUGAAUGUUUGGCUGAGUGAAGGCUGAAGAGUCCCUUUUUUAAAGGCUAAUGUCAGGAGCGCUUCUUCAGGGCUAAUUGAGCAUUUCAUUGAAUUGCCCUUAUCAAUUGUCUUAUCAGUUUCUGACCAAUCAGAAAGCAGUGAAACAGAUUAUUAGACAGAUUCUAAAAACAUAUGACAUAAUGUAAAGGUCGAGCCCGGGCACGAGAUCAGAGAAAACGGUCAACUUUUCAAAUGUUCUGCAAGGAAGUCCUUCGUUGUUAUGGUGAGAAAAAGUGAAUGUAAACAGAGAUGUUGUUGUUAGUUUACAGACUAACUCGUCAGGGCUUCUUUAAUCAGCUCCUCCAGGAAGUUGUGAAGCGUUGAAUCGGCUAAUGCACACUGAUUCAGUCGACAAAACAUUUUUUGCCAUUCUCCAAAACUUCUUUGCAAAUUUGACCAAUCAUCCGUUUGUUGUAACCCCAAGCGUCAACAUGUACGUUACCUAAUUCACAUCUUUGACACUCCAGCUGUUAAUGCAUUACACAAAAAAACAUUAAAACAUUGAAUCAUGCAUUACACCCAUCCAGCAUUUUUUAAAUUGCAACAACCGCUACACAGAAAAUUCCUCGAGGGACUGAUGAAGACUGCGACAGUGAAGGCAGCAUGUACAUUAAAGCAGCCAUUUUGGAUGAGCUCCUGGUUGAAUAAGCUUAAACCCUUACACCCUGACGAGUAGCUACCAUGUUACCUCACCUGAGCUAACGAGUUCAAACUGUGGUUUCUGUGGUAACACGUCUCAACAUCCUGAACGCCAUCGAAGAAGGGAAGAAGUCCCUCAAACCCUCGGUGACUUCAUUUCAGUUUUCUGGAUCGGCUAACUGGUCCAAGUGCGCUGGAGUAUACACACUUUGGCUCCUCCCACCCAGGUUUAACCCAACCAAUGACAUUUCUUUCUGCCUCCUGAAGCAGCUCUGCUCAUGAUGAAUGUUUGUAGGACUGAAACUCCUCGUUGUUCCUGAGCGAGGAGGAGGAGGAGGAUGAAGAGGAGGAGGUGGUGGGGGAAAGAGGGAGGGAGGGACAGGACAGGUUUUCACCCGCCCUCAUAUGUCGAUGUCUUUUUUGACUGAACCCCCUCCCGCCCCCUCCCAGCGGACUGUGUGACGUUCCUCCCGUCGUUUCACUUCCCAUUUUUAUGUCGCCUAACCCCCACCCCCACCCAAAAACCCAGAGUCCCUUUCCCACUCCGACCUCGCCCCGUGUCGAUGUUUCUUUUUUGUAUUUCUUUUAUAUAUGAGAACAAUAAAAAAGGGGUCUAAUUUUUUAUAUAA